AUGAGCAGCAAAGACAGGAAACUGCACCUGGGCAAGUUGCCAGGCUUAAGUGGAAUACAGGAGGAUUCUUGUUCCCAGUGGAUUAUAAAUGUGCUGUUCUUAAAGGGUUUUUCAGAGUUGGAGAGGAGCAAGCUAGCUAUGUUAACUGGUGUUCUUCUGGCUACUGGAAUACUUAAUGCAUCCAUUCUCAAUAGCCUUUAUAAUGAGAAUCUGGUUAAAGAAGGGGUCUCAGUAGCUUUUGCUGUAAAGCUCUUUAAAUCAUGGAUAAACAAAAAAGAUAUCAAUGCAGUAGCUGCAAGACUUCGGAAAGUCAGCAUGGAUAACAGACUGAUAGAACUCUUGCCUGACAAUAAGCAAAGCGUUGAACACUUUGCAAAGUAUUUUACUGCAGCAGGCUUGAAAGAGCUUUCAGAGUAUGUUCGGAAUCAGCAAACCAUAGGAGCUUGGAGGGGGCUCCAGAAGAAACUUCAAGAACAGGUGUCUCCUGGUGGUCCAUUUAAGCAUAUAAUUUUACAUGUCAAGGAGGAGUUGAAAAAAAACAUCCCAGAACCGGUUGUCACUGGGAUAGUCUGGUCAAGUGUAAUGAGCACCGUGGGAUGGAACAGAGAGGAGCUUUUAGGAGAGCAAGCCAUCAAGCACUUGAAGCAAUGCAGCACUCUACUUGCUGUCUUUACCACCCAAGCUGAAGUCCUGAGUGAAGAGCCCAUUCUGAAGUGGAAUAAUGAUGCACAUGUUACAAAGGGAAAAAAUGUCUUCCUUGAGCAAAUGAAGAAGUUUGUAGAGUGGCUCAUAAAUGUUGAAGAAGUAUUUGAGUCUGAAGGUGAAGAAGGUGACUGAAUUUUGAAACUAUACUCUCAGCAAAGCAAACAGGAGCUGCAGACAAGAUGUCAUGUCUCAUGUGUCCUGGGUCUUACAUCUUCCUACCUUCCUAUAUCAAGCAUGAUAUAAGGGCUUUCAUGGCAAAUUUUAUUUUAACUAUUGCUAUGGUUACUGGAAAUGUUGGGUUUAGUUUCUAAAACCAUGUUUUAAGUAGCUACAGGAGCUACAGAUUUGAAUCUAAUGUUGCAUUAGUCUUUUUAGUUAUCUUCUACCUCCUGUAUUUUCUACUGUAAUUAUGUAAUUUAAGGCCUUCCACAAUGAACAACUGUUCACUUUAUUCCCUGGGUUUUUUAUAAAUGGUUUUCAAGAUAUGAUUUUAUUAAAAGUAAUUUGUUAUGAAAAGUCUAUUUGCAAAUUAAACUGUAAAAGUUUCCAAAGUCUCAAAAGGCAAUGCUUUGUGUGAUAAUUUGCUAUGCCCAGAGCCCUACUCAUCAAUGAAAAUCUCAUAUACAAUAAUUGAAUGCAUUAACAUGAAUCUUGAGUAUUUAGACCAUUGCAUGUUAACAUUUCGAUUUAUUUAUUUAUUUGCAUUUUUAACCCCAGAUGUCCUUAAGCUCAUUUGUUUGCUAUGGUUUUCAUUCUUAGGGAAGCCAUGGGGAACAAACUUAAAAAGUUGGAGAAAUCAAAUGUGGCAGAGGUGGUGGGAAGAACAUUGAGCUUUUUCCCAUGGAGAAACUUCUGUAUUCAAUUUGUGUCUUUUUCUAAUACAACCAUUUUCAAAUCUGCCUUAGAAAAGUCUUACCAUUUAAAAUAUUUUAUGUUCAGAAUACACUUAGAUUGAUAGGAAAAGAACUCAUAAAGAAAUUGGAGUAUGUCAGGU